CUCACCGCUACCACCGCUGCCGUAUCAUUGAUUUUUUCAUUCCGAACGCUUGUCCAGCUGCCAUCGAAUCAACCCCGAGAUUCGACCGAGGAUUUCGAGCAGGUGUUUUCGUCGUUCCUGUCAGAUUAAUAAGCUCAAACUAUCGCUGAAAUCAUAAUGUCUGAAAUACCUCAUUCAUCAAAAUCUUUGCCAGAAAAAAAUCAAGUUAUGGAAGAUAGUCAAAUGAUAAAUCAUCAGGAGCCAUUAAAUCCACCAGAACAACCACCGGAAUUAGAUGCAACUAAAAAACAUCAACAAAUAACACUACUUUUAAAGUAUGCAAUGUCAUCAUCGGUUAAAAGUAUACAUGUAUCAGUCAUUCAACAAACACCAGUUACAGAAGAAUUACCUACAGCUAAACCAACACAAUUAAAAAAAUCCAUGGAUUCCAUAAGUAGUGAAAUAACAAAUACUUGUAUUUGUGAUCCAGAUGUCAUCAUUAUUGAUGAUAGUGAUGAUAGUUUAGACUUAAAUUUAAAUAAUACAACUUCCGCCACAGAUUUCCCUCCUGACUCAAGUAUAGUUGGAAGAGGCGUUAGAACCACUGAAAUUAUGGACUAUGGUGACAGGGAGAGAGAUAGGAUCACAUACAGAGAACAUCAGUAUCCUAACGUACAUCCUAAUGAACUCCAGCCUUCUCAUAUGCUAGUACCUUUGGUCAACGAGGAGUAUGAACAAUUCAUAGAUCCUCCAUAUACUCCGUUCAACAAUUCGCAAUGUUUAAUUCAACCGAACAACAGUUUUAACUAUAGCAAUUUUUCGUCUAUUGGCAUUUCCCUUAAUGCAAAUACAACUAGUACAUUUGAACAGCAACCAGAAGGAAAUAAUAACUUGGAACAUAAUAGUAAUAGUGACAACGCACGACCAUUAAUGAACCAAAGUUAUAAUGAUAGUCAAGGUAUGUCAUCACGCAAUUAUUCAUUGCAGGAUCAUGAAACGGCACACAUUCUUGCAACAUUAAGCAAAGUAAAAAAACCAAGGAAAAAAUACAAAAAGAGAACUGGAACUGAAUUGACCAGAUCUGUUAACCCUGCUUCGGAGCAAAAUGAAGCAAAGCUAAAUAAUUCUGAGUUUUCCUGUAAUCUUUGCCCGAAACAAUUUAAAUCUAAACGUGCUUUGUCACAACACACGAGAUUUCAUAAAAAAAACGAACAUCGUCCUUGA